AAGCAAACGGUACGAGCCAUUCGCUCAAAGCCAUAAAUUAAUUUAACCUUUCUCUUUACAACUCAUCUACCUUCGCUGUUGCAGGAGGCAGGUGGGCAGAGUGGGACUCGGCUGCAGUGGACAUAGUCGUCGGGAAGUGCAAUCAAAACUGUGUGUUCAGGAAAAACAACCCCCAGGAGAUGUUACUCAGGGUCCAUGAACGAAGGGUACAAAAUCCUGUGAUGCCGUUCGCUUUUAUCUGCAACGCGAAAAAAUGUGCUUCGGUUUCCCGCGAUUUCGUUAACACAUUGCUGGAUUAGACUUCUGCACAUUUUUUAAAUUCACGUGCUGAUAAGGUGAAUAAUCAAUCUAUCAAAAACGAUCUGUGCCAAUAAGUCUUCUGCCUGGUGAAUAAUUGCAUCUGCGUAAAACUGCGUGUAAUAAUAAUAAUAAUACGUCUGUGUAUUUACCAUCGUGUAUAUUCAAUUUUGAAAAUUAUAAAGAUCAGCAACAAAACAAAAAGUCCACAAAACGUUUAGAGGUUUUUAUUUUAUGUGCUAACAUUUCACGAGUUGAGGGAGUAUUUCAAGAUUUGGCGUUGUGACGGGAGGUGGCAAGGGUCGUAGAACGGAGGCAGGCACGUUCCACUGGUGUCGAACACUUGUUAUCAUAGGCUGGUCACACAUCGCGUCGCGGAUAAUUACACAUCGAAGGUUACUCUCGCAAAUUGUUGUGUGCCUCCACAAACAACGCAAACAGUCAAAUAUUUUCCAUUCAUCACAAUGAACAGGAACUUCCAGUUAGUAAAGAACAAAUGAUUAAAAGUGUCGACAAAUUUCAUAAACUCUCAGAAAGGUUCUCGGCUAUAUCAGUAUUUAAGAAAUACUCCACUGGUAUAGGAACAUCUAAGUUAUGAUACUUUCAAAAGUAGAAUAUUGUUCAGACAAUCCAAAAGAAAACGGCGAGGAAAAAAGAAAUUUAAAGCGAAACUACUGUUCCAAAUAUGAAAUUUGACUGGGAAUUAGGAAAGAAAACUGUGAAGAGAAAACCACAAGUGUCAGUCUAAGAUCAUUUGAAUUGUAUAACUACGGUGCUCCUUGAUUAGAACAGAUUAAAUGGAAAAUAGAGUGAUGAAAUGUUUGACAACAUGACGCUAUAUUUACCUGGUUAACCGUUUACGUGCAUGACCUGUAAAACUGCCAUGCUUUUAAACGUGGGAGUAGAUUAAUAUUCACAAAAGAAGACAUUCCUGCUGAUUGAUUAAGGAACACUUAGUGAAAAUCUCAGUGACAAAAACAACAAAAAAACCCACCUUUUAUAUGAUACAUUCGACCUUACGGACAAUGGACUUCGAAUGCGCGUUAUAUUACUAUGAAUAGGUCUGCCUACGAAAUCUGUCACAUUUCUUUGAGUUUCAUGUUCUUGGGAUUUAUAAAAAAAUAAAAUUCCCUACGUAUAUGUAUUUGAACCAUCAGUUUCACGUGUGGGAGUUUAAACAGUCUGUCUAUAUUACUGGGGAAUUGAAACUGAUCAUUUUCCAUGCAGGUGUUCUAAGACCAUAUGUAUAAUAAACUUGAGUUCAAGUGCAGCAAUCCGAGGACACCUGACUGGCACCAUGUGGAUUAUUAGUGAACUGUGAAUAUCGGCUGUCAACCAAUAUCCAUCAAGCAUGGCAUUCAUAAUAAGAAAACUGCGGCCGAAGAGACUACUUCGUUACUCUGUUUUAUUGAUAGCGCCUAUAACAUGGUUGGCUGUUCUCGUUGUAGUUCCUCUACACUACGAUAUCAAUUCGCGUUCUGAAUUCGAAUCGCGCCAAAGAAAUGGAUCGUUGGUAAGAAAGAAUGGAAUCAAAAGUCGUGCUAAACUCAGUAUAAAAGCACCAGAUGAAGUAAAAGUUUCCAUGAUACAGUCUGUUGCUGGGAUAAACGGGAAUAUACGUAAUGAUCUAGUGGAACAGAAUCUGGAUAUAAUAUCAUCAUCCACAAGAGAACACAAAUCUGAGAAGAGACAGCGCUUACUAGCAAACAUGGGCCCAGGAGCCUGGGGUAUGCCAGUUAAAGUGGAUGAAAAAAAAUUGACGGCAGAGCAGCAACAACGACUACAACAAGGCUGGUCGUCUCACAACUUCAACCAGUACGUCUCCGACAUGAUCUCACUCCAUAGAACAGUGCCAGACUUCAGAUCAUCGGCGUGUCGUGCUAGAGUGUAUCCGUCCGACCUCCCCGCAGCGUCCGUCAUCAUUUGUUUUCACAACGAGGCUCUGUCUACAUUACUGCGGACAGUGCAUAGCGUUCUUGAUAGAACCCCUGACCACCUACUUCAACAAAUACUGUUAAUCGACGACUUUUCCGCUAACGAUGACUUGCAGGACUCCCUGGACACGUAUUUAGCGUCCUACAGCAAGGUAAAGCUGGUGAGAUCUAGUCACAGACUCGGGCUGGUACGUGCGCGUCUACUGGGCGUCUCCAUGACAACGGCUCCAAUUCUAGUCUUUCUUGAUUCACACUGCGAGUGUGCUGAAGGAUGGCUGGAGCCCCUUGUGAUGGAGAUCUACAAGAACUCCAGUAGUGUGUUGACGCCGAUCAUCGACAUCAUCGACAAGAACACCUUCCACAUCGUUGGCGCCGACAACAACCUCGGCGGCUUCAGUAUAGAAAGCAUGACGUUCGAGUGGAUCCGAGUUCCACGCCGAAUAGCCGCCAUGAGGAAGUCCGCAGCCGACCCUUUCAUAUCUCCCACGAUGGCCGGCGGUCUGUUUGCAAUUUCGAAGGAGUUCUUCUUUAGUAUUGGUAGUUACGAUCCAGGAUUUGAAGUCUGGGGUGGCGAAAAUUUGGAAAUCUCUCUCAGAAUAUGGAUGUGUGGCGGGCAGAUCAUGACUAGUCCCUGCUCCAGAGUCAGUCACGUGUUCAGAGACAAAUCGCCGUAUAUAAAUGCUGGUGCUGAAUUCAUAGGGAAGAACGCACAUCGGGUGGCUAAGCUGUGGCUGGAUGAAUACGAACCUUUCUUUUUCAAAAACUUUGGUUACUUUGGGGGCGACGUGUCAGAACGACUAAAGCUAAAAGAAACCUUGCAUUGUCAAAGCUUUGACUGGUACCUGGAACAUGUUUUUCCAGAGUUGUACGUGCGUGGAUCAGGCCAAUACCUGGGCCAGGUACGCCACGUGUCGAGCGGUCUGUGUCUAACUACGAUUGGAAAAAACAUCGAGAUCCGUCGACUUCAUCUAGCACAAUGUUCCGUUGCGACUUACUGGGAAUCCACCAGGCAGCACCAGAUUAGAAAUGCAGAUGUCUGUUUAGAAGCCACGAGGGAAGACCAGCCACACCCAUUUGCCACUGAGUGUCUGGACUCCAAAGACCAACAAGAAUUUUCCUAUGGAAAGGAUGGAACUAUCCGUCUGUUGGACAGCGGCUCCUGUUUGACUGUUGACAAGAAGAUGACUCCGGAUUUCGUGCCGUGCACAUUCCACCCUUCACUUAUGUGGCACUGGCCCAAGAAUCAGUUCUUUCAAACCUCUAGGACAGUGGAGCUAUGAUGAAAUAUAUAUAUUAAACCUACUAUUCAUAAUUUAUUUAAUUAAUCUUCGGUUCCUAAACGUGUAUGAUUAAAUAUGAUAUUCUGCAUUAUUGUCGUGUUCAGAUAUUACAUAUUUUAAAUACGA